AUGAAAGCAGAGAAAAGGAUAUAUCACCUUAAACGGAGCGAGGAAGAAGUGAGAAUCAAUGAUUACAAUCCUCUGCUUCUAUUAUUAUGGAAGGCUAAUAUCGAUGUAUCCUUUACCAGUGAGUGUUCUCUUGCUCUGGCCGAUUAUGUAAGUGGCUACGUGACAAAGGCAGAAAGAGGUCACAUGCAGGAUCUCUGGCAAGACAUCUUAGAUGAUAGAGGCAUCUACAGUAAAUUGUUUAGAAUCGGCAUAAGAUGUCUCGACAGCCGACCCAUUGGACUAUACGAAACAUGUGAUAUAUUACUCGGUGAGCCACUUUGUAGAAAAUCGAGAGAGGUAUCAUGGAUCGAUGUAGAAAUGCCGCAUAAAAGAAAACGAAAUUUAACAAAGAAACUCAGUGAAGUUGAAGAAAUAGCAGCAAACGAUCCAUCAACUGAAGACUUUUAUGGGGAGGGCCUUGUCACUCACUUUUAUCCAAACAGAGCCCAAGAACAUGAAGAAUAUUGCCUUUAUGACUUUGUAGCCAAACUCACUUACAAGGGCAAGGAUAAAAAUGGCGAACGAAUCUAUAGACCACUACAGAAAGAGCGCCUUCCUAACUUCAUUGAUUUCGAUGUCUAUAAAGAAAAUCAGAGAGACAGUUUCUAUUAUGCCAUCAUUCUCCUUUUCGUGCCGUUUAGAAAUGAGGAUGAAUUAGUUCAUGAUGGUGAAACUGUCCAAGAAGCAUUCGAUCGCCACAUUGUCGACCACGAAAGGUGUGUCGAAGCAAAUGAGAAAUUUAGAAAGUUGCUCAAAUGUAGAGAGAAAUUAAAAGACAUACAAGAUGCCAGAGCAGCAAACAGAGAAGAGGAAAAUGAUGUGGAAGACGACGAUCCACAACUGAUGGGACAGAUUAAAGAUGCAAUGAAUGACGUGAGAGAUAUGGACACUGGAUCUGGUCUCACUCUGCAAGAGAGAGAAUCGAUGCUAAAUGUAGACCAAAAACGCAUCUUUGAUCACGUAAAAGCUCAUCUCUUGAGGCAAAUUGAAUACGAAAAUAAAUCAAAACAAGAGAAAGAGCAAUCAGAAAGUGUAAAACCGUUGCACAUGUUCAUCAGUGGUGUGGGUGGCACCGGUAAAUCUUUUCUUAUUGAGGCAAUUAAAGCACUAGUGAAAAGCCUCUGGUCAACACUGACCAAACAGACAUGUGCAGUUUGUGCUCCAACAGGAUUGGCAGCUUACAAUGUGGGAGGUGUGACAGCACACAGACUGUUUCAGCUGCCAAUAGAACACGAUGGACAAUGUGCCUCAUACUGGUCCAUACCAAAGGCUAGUCACAAAGUAAUGAAAACAGAACUUCAGGAUCUGAAAAUGGUAAUCAUUGAUGAAGUGUCCAUGGUUUCUAGCCUCAAUCUCACUUACAUACACAUGAGAAUGAAUGACUUAUUCGAAUCAGACGAAUGGUUUGGUGGCAAGAAUGUCCUCUUUGUUGGUGACAUCCUUCAAUUGCCACCAGUUCGUGGACAACCAGUGUUUGACAAAGUAACAGCAUCAACACUGAAAUACAGACUUGGUAGUAUGGGUGCA